AUGAAUGGAUCAUUUUUCAACCAGACUCUGCUAGAGCAGGGAGCUUACCCCAACAGGACCCAGGGACUGGGGAUGCUCAUGGCCUGCUGCAAUGGGACCGGCUCGGUGCUGGCGACCGACGGCGGCUCCUCGGUCCUGGCACCGGACGAGAGGAGCCUUUACAUCACGCGAGUGGUGCAGAUCGCUGUCCUCUGUGUCCUCUCCUUGACUGUGAUGUUCGGCAUCUUCUUUUUGGGCUGCAAUUUGCUCAUCAAGUCGGAGAGCAUGAUUAACUUUCUGGUGAAGGACCGAAGACCUUCCAAGGAUGUGGGAGCUGCAAUCAUGGGACUUUACUGAAGCCACCGGGCUUUUGUAGGCAAGUGAACUGUCUGGACCUGGUGCUGAGAUGCACAUUCCCAUGUGUUUGGGGCAGCUGGGGGGGAGUGGAAAGGGGGUGAGGUGUCUUUUAAUAUGUCUAUGUCUAUGGAAAGCAAAUCUGCGCUUCCCAGUCAUCAAACUGUCGUGGUGAAUGGGGAAAUCUCCCCAGAGUUGUAUGAAGCACAAUAAAUGACCAGCAUCGUGUUGCAUGCAGAAAUGGCUUAAGUUUUGCAUGAAACUUGCAGAAACAGUGAUAAUGUGCAGAUCUGGACUUUUCUGCUGUUACCUUGGAUACCGCUACCUGGGAUUUGGGGCUAAAAAAAAAAAAAAGG